AUGAGCUCCACAGACUCUUCGGUAAGUAAACUUCUUUCUAAAACAACAUUUUUAGACUGUUUUGAAGCAAAGUUGCGACCAUUUGGCAUUCUUCAGUUUAUGGUUGUUUUAUUUUUUAGCCAGAGAAGGAGAAACGACGAUCUCCAAGUUCAGAAUCUGAAGGUAUAGGUAGGAGUAGUCAAAGAUCUGAACGAUCCUUGAAAGAAGGCCGUAAAGAACGUGAUAGAAGUCAGGAUAGAGAUGAAAGACGUAGAUCAAGUGUAGAAAGAAAUUAUAAAGAUAAAAGAAGUCAAGAUGUAAGUUUUGAGGUCUAUUUACAUUGAUUUUGGCUUUUAGGUUGAUCGGAGUAGAAGAAAGAAUGAUGAAGAUGAUAGAAGGAGCCAAAGAAAGGAUGAUAGGCACUUAGAUAGACGGGACAGACGUCGAUCAAGGUCUAGAGAACGUUAUCGACGACGAUCACGAUCAAAUUCAAGAGAAAGAAGGGGUUAUCGAGGUGAUAGAGGUUUUAGAAGGUAGGAUAAUAUAAUUUCGGUUGUUUCUGAGGUUUUUGUAGCAAUAUUGUAGUAGGUUUGGUAUUAUUAGAAUUAUCAUAUAUUAUUCUUACUUUGAUUGCUAUAUAACUAAUAAUUAUAUUGUUUUAGACGUCCACGAUCACCAAUAAGACCAAAACCACCUCCAACAGUGUUUAAGCGCAAUAAUGAGCCAGGAACUUCAGAAGAAGCUGUUAAUCUUGAAGAGAAAGAAGCUAAAUGGUCUACAAGAAUUGCUGCUGUAGCUUCAGAUGAUUCACAACGAUCUAAAUUCGAAAAACUGCUGGGAAUGCACAAAAAACCGGGUGAAAGCAACCUGAAACUCAAGAAAGUUGAUGAAUCUGAAGUGAAAGAUCUUAAAAAUAAUUUGCAAAAGAUGAAAUCAGACUUGGAUCGACAGUUUGAAGAUGGCCGAAGCUUUACUCAUUACAAUAGAGGCAGGGGCUUUGGAAUAUAA